UCAGAUCAGGAGCAUCAGUGGACAGGAGAGUAUUUUGUGCAGUCUCAACCGGACCUAAGAUCGACAACCAGUAAAUCAACAAGCAGCAGAUGUGAGAUGAAUACACUGUGGCUGCCGCUUCUCCUGAGCUCAGUCAUUUGGGCAGAGGAGCAGUACUUUCCCCAGUCAUUCAAUGCCACAUGGGACGAGGGCAGACUUCACUGUCAAUCCUGUUUCAAAGAACUGACGACCAUCACCAGCAGAAACGUCCACCUCAUUGUCCAGGACCCCUCUUUCGACUCCUGGGUUGGACUACGCAAGAGUUACAAUGGCUCCUUCCCAUGGGCCAAAUGGUCCAAUGGGGAUCCUGUUAGAUAUCAGAAUUGGUACCCUGGUCAUCCUGUUCCAAAUAAAGAAAAAAAACUAAUUCCUGUAUGUUCCUCAACUACACAAAGUCCACUGAGCACCCUAAUAACUACCGCAAAAUCUACCCCAAUGACCUCAACACAAACCUCCACAGCCACUUCUGCUUCGUUAUCUUCGGUAUCUGCUUCGGAAUUUCAAACAAACAAAGAAAAUAAUACAUGCCCCAUACUUUACAAAAUGCUUUUUUGCUUAAAUAUGUCAUGUGAUAAUCUUGAAAGUUCCAUGACUAUAUGCAAUAGAACACCAACUGAUACCCCUGAGACUACAACAUACAGCACCACCUUUAAUGCUGAAACAAAUGGCACAACAACUGAGAGCAGCACCACCAGCAACUGCAUCUUUGAACCUGAGCCAGAUCCUGAAGAGUACAUCGAGGAUGCUUGUGUGGUCCUGCUCAGCUUCGGCAUGUGGAAGGAAGAAGACUGCAACAGAAGUCUACCUUUCAUCUGUUAUGAAGAGCGCUUUUUUGGCCAGAUAAACAUUUCCGACGUGACCACAAGCACAGGCAAUGUGAGCUGGUCUGAGGGACCCGGUGCUAAGAACAUCAGUCACUACAGAGUGGAGGUCACUGGGGACAAAACCCAGACAUUUAUCCAGACUAAACUCUUUCAGAACAUAGAGACUCUGACAGCAGGAACUCUGUACAAAGUUCAGGUGUUUCCUGUGAAAUGUGACAGGGAUCUCAAUCCACAGAAUAUCUCCUUCUACACUUUGCCCUCUGAUGUGCAAAAUCUGACGGUGGUGAGUGUGACAAAUGUUAGCGUCAACCUCAAGUGGAGUAAACCAGAUGGAAACCUUGACUUCUACUCAGUAACAUUCAUAAAUGCAUCGAACACUAAAGAACACAAGUGUAAUAAUGAAGGGUGCACUAUUACGGAUCUUAUUCCAGGAACCGAGUAUGAAUUUACAGUUAAAGCUGUAGUGAAUGAGACGAUUGGAGGUGUGCCGAGCAACGUUUCUGAUUACACCAUACCUUCAAUUGUCAGGAACCUAAAACAAUUACAAUACACAGAUAGCACAAUCACAGCCUCGUGGGAAAAGCCUGAGGGAGGACAUUCAGGAUACUGCUAUUGUCUUCAUGAACAGAGUACCAGCUGCCUGUGUACUACCUGCAGCAUCACUGACAGUGCAUGCGAAGAAACAGAGGAAACAAGCAUCUCAGAGAGUAAUAAAACAUCUGGAAGCAAAUUUUGUCUUUGUGUGGCAGCGCUAACAAAGAGCAACACUCUGUCAGGAGAAAUGAUUGGAAUCCCAACAUACACACGCCCGAAAUCUGUGGACCUCACUUUAAUACCUUCCCUUCAAUAUAUGAAUGCCACCUGGGAAAUAGAUGGGAAUUAUGAAAAAUUUGAAGUGACAAUUACAAGUGCUGAUGCAAAGGAUAAUCAGUCAGAUAAUACUACAGACAAGUUGUACACGUUCAGUAAUCUGAAGGCAGGAGUGUUUUACACUGUUUCAGUUGUCACUCUUAAUGGUGACCUUAGAAGUGUACCUGCUAAUAAAUCAGAUUACACCCGGCCUGCUAAACCUCGUGACCUAAAGGCCACCGCUAACAAAAAUAGCAUACAGCUAAGCUGGAAAGCUCCAGCUGAGUCCGAGGGUGCCUUGCUUCAAUAUAUAGUGAAAUAUAACACUUCGUUCUGGGAUGAAACUAAUGAAACAGCUACAACUGAGACAAAUAUCACAAUUCCUAAUUUAAGACCAGGAACAAAAUAUAUGUUUAAUGUCAUGGUCUUGGCUGGAAAUCUGAGUGAUCCAGCCACUACUACUACAAACACAGAGCCUGAGAAGAGGACACUGGUCCUCACAAUGUUGUGUUCCUCUCAAACCACACGUUAUUGUGAUGAAACUAAAACUCGGAAAGAGCUGUUUGAAAAGUUCAAGGACUUGAAUCCACACGGUGUUCUUCCACCCUUUAAAACCACCAGUGCUGACUUCUUAUAG